AUGAAGACUCAAUGGAAGGACAUCCCCGUGGUGCCUACGAACCAGGAGUUCCUGGACAUCGUCCUAUCGCGCACACAAAGACGGCUCCCAACCCAGAUCCGCGCAGGUUUCAAGAUUAGUCGAAUCCGAGCCUUCUACACGCGCAAAGUCAAGUACACAGCCGAAACCUUCACCGAGCGUCUCUCGGGCACAAUCGAGGCCUUUCCUCGCCUCGUCGAUAUCCACCCGUUCCACCGCGAUCUGCUCAACACGCUGUACGAUGCGGACCACUUUCGCAUUGCCCUGGGCCAGCUCUCUACUGCGAAAUCGCUGAUCGAGACGGUCGCCCGCGACUAUGUCCGUCUUUUGAAGUAUGGGCAGUCGCUGUUCCAGUGCAAGCAGCUGAAGAGGGCGGCGCUGGGUCGCAUGGCCACCAUCUGCAAAAGGCUCAAGGAUCCGCUUGUCUACCUCGAGCAGGUCAGACAGCAUCUGGGCCGUCUGCCCUCGAUUGAUCCGAACACGCGCACGCUCGUUAUCGCCGGUUUCCCCAACGUCGGCAAAUCGUCUUUCUUGAAGUCAAUUUCGAGGGCGGACGUGGAAGUGCAGCCGUAUGCGUUCACAACCAAGAGUCUCUACGUAGGACAUUUCGACUACAAGAUGCUUAGGUUCCAGGCAGUCGACACCCCCGGAAUUUUGGACCACGCUUUGGAAGACAUGAACACCAUCGAGCAUCAGUCUAUCUGCGCCAUUGCCCAUCUUCGCGCCCACAUUCUCUACUUCAUGGACCUGAGUGAACAGUGUGGUUACUCGGUCGCCUCCCAAAUCGCCCUUUUCAACAACAUCAAGCCUUUGUUCGCGAACAAGCUGAUUUCUAUCGUCAUCAACAAGAUUGAUCUCAUGCGACCGGACCAGCUAGACGCUGAAACCCAGGAGCAGCUCCAGGGCAUGCUGAAGUCUGGCGAGGUUGAGAUUCUCGAGCUCUCCUGCAAUACUAUGGAGGGUGUUAUGGCAGUGCGAAACUCCGUGUGCGACCGUUUGAUUGCGUCUCGCAACGCCGAGAAGCUCAAGGCUGGCACCAACAGCUCUGGCGAUCCUUCUGGUCGUCUGGGAGACCUCCUACGCCGUAUCCACGUGGCUCAACCUCUUGGCGGUGUUACUAGGGAGACAUUCAUCCCAGAGGCGGUACUGAACAGGAAGAAGUACGACAAGGACGACCCGGAUAGGCCUCUUCUUGAGCGUGAUCUGGAAGAAGCUGACGGUGGCGCGGGUGUGUACAACCUUGACAUGCGCAAGAACUACAUGCUUGAGAACGACGAGUGGAAAAACGACCGUAUUCCUGAGGUCUUCAAGGGACAAAACGUGUACGACUUCAUCGACCCCGAAAUUGAGGCCAAGCUUGCGGCUCUCGAGGAGGAGGAAGAGAAGUUGGAAGCCGAGGGUUUCUACGAGUCUGAGGAAGAGCUCGAAGAUGCAGAGGAGGCCGACAUCAGGUACAAGGCGGAGCUUAUCCGAGAGAAGAGGCAACUCAUCCGGAACGAGGCCAAGAUGCGCAAGAGUCUCAAGAACAGGGCUGUCAUUCCCCGAACUGCCAAGGCGAAGAGGGUGUCGGAGAUGGAAUCUGCUCUUGAGAGUCUGGGCUACGACGCAUCGAACAUUGCCUCUCGCGCGCGAAGCCAAAGCAGAGGACGCACAUUGGCUCGCGCCAAAUCAGAGGCUACUGAUGGCGAUGCCAUGGACGUUGACAACGACACAAACAAGGCCAAGCUCGCUCGAGCACUGAGCCGUGGCCGAAGCCAGAGCACCAACCGCAGAACAGAUGGUGUCCCUAGCGAGGCUGCUGCUACAAAGGCGGAGAAGAUUGCGAAGUUGUCCCAGAAGAAGAUGAACAGGAACGCCAGGCAGGGUGAAGGUGACAGGCACCAGACUGGUUCCCUGAUCAAGCACUUGACUGCUGGUAAGCGUGGUAUUGGAAAGACCAGCCACAGAUAG